UGUAAUCUGAUUGGGUUUGUAAACUUUCACCCAGACCGUAAUCCUUUUGAACGGGCAAAUUAGCGUUUUCGAAUGGCGCUAGUGGGAGAUGUGGAACUGCGCAGUUUGGUGAAAGUCGAGCGUGUGGGUGCUCAUUCGCACAUUAGAGGCCUAGGAGUAGGAGCAAAUUUUGAUCCUGAAGAUGUGGCUGAUGGAAUGGUUGGACAAGUUCGCGCCAGACGAGCAGCUGCCAUCAUUGUGAAGAUGAUCCAGACAGGCAAUAUUGCUGGACGUGGCGUUUUGAUAUAUGGACAACCAGGAACUGGAAAAACGGCUCUUGCUAUGGGCAUUGCUAAAGCUCUGGGCGACGACACUCCCUUCCUAUCGAUAUCGGCUUCCGAGAUUUUCUCGGUAGAGAUGAGUAAGAGCGAAGUGUUGAUGCAAUCAUUUCGCAAAGCAAUAGGAGUUCGUAUCAAAGAGGAGACAGAGGUGCUCGAAGGAGAAGUUGUUUCAAUUGAGAUGGACAGACCAGUAUCAGGAGUUGGCCCAAAAGUAGGAAAGCUGUCGUUGAAGACUACAGAUAUGGAAACUAUCUACGAUCUUGGGAGCAAAAUGGUUGACCAAUGCAUCAAAGAGAGAAUUUGUGCUGGCGAUGUGAUCCAAAUUGACAAAGGUUCUGGGCGUAUUUCUCGAGUUGGACGAUCUGCAACACGCUCUCAUGAUUAUGAUGCGAUGGGUCCUCAGACAAAGUUUGUCCCUUGCCCCAGCGGAGAGAUCCAGAAGACUAGGGAAACGGUCCACACAGUUUGUUUACACGAUAUUGAUGUGAUCAACUCUCGCAGUCAAGGUUUUCUUGCAUUGUUCACUGGGGAUACUGGAGAAAUCAAAAGUGAAGUUCGCGAUCAAAUAAACAAAAAGGUUGCUGAAUGGCGUGAGGAAGGAAAGGCAGCAAUACAACCAGGAGUUCUCUUCAUUGAUGAAGCUCAUCUCUUAGAUCUCGAGUGUUUCUCAUUCUUGAACCGUGCAAUGGAAUCCGAUCUCAGCCCUCUGCUCAUAAUGGCGACUAACAAGGAAAAAGGUCUUGUACGUGGAACCGAUGUCGUAGCCAACUACUGUAUGCCUCCUGACAUUGUUGAUCGUCUUAUUGGUAUCUGUACGAAGCCCUAUACUGGCGAAGAGAUAGGUCGUAUCUUGAGUUUGCGCGCUGACGAGGAAGGAGUAAGGAUGGAAGCCGCAGCUAUCAAUUUACUAAAAAUGAUCGUCGGCGAGACUUCGAUGAGAUAUGGUAUCCAACUCAUUGCCGUCUCGAAUGUCUUGAGAGAACGACGAAAGAAGCCUAUGGUAACGAAGGACGAAAUUAGCGCAGCUUAUAAGAUGUUCUAUGACACAAAAAGGAGUGAAACAUAUUUAACACAAAAUGCAAAGAAGUUCUUGUUGUGA